GUUACCUUAGCAACAGUCCGCACGAUAGCAACAUCGCACUUAUCAAGGAAAUAGCAAAUGUAACAAUUCGGACUACUAAAAGAUGAUCUGACCUCUUACUCCACGGUAGCCGAACAUAGCGAACCGUUUUGUUUGUUUCCUGUUCAAAAUGUCUUCUCUGGAAUCAGCUCGUCCCUCUGAUGAGGAUGAGUUUUUUUACAUGCAGUGUCGAGCUGCUUAUUUAGCCGUUUUCCGAUCAAGCUUGGCAAACAUCUGUUCAAAACAGCAGUUAUGUCGGGUUCUCCAGCAGGCUGGUAGGAAUCCAUCCCAUGCUACUCUCAAUAAAUACUGGACAUCUAAAACAACUAAGCUAAACUUUGACGACUUCUGCGAGAUUCUGAAAUGUGAGAGAAAAACAGAGGAAGCAGAGCUAAUAAGGGCUUUCAGAAAACUGGAUGUAAACAAUGAUGGCUACCUCACACACAGCGUACUGGAGAAGGCUCUAACCUCUAGGGGCGAGAAGAUGACAGCCGAGGAGGUGAAUGCUGUUUUCUCUUUGGUAGACAUCAACAAUGAUGGCAAACUGGACUAUGCUGAGUUCUGCAGGCAGCUCGCAUCCACAGUGGAGCAGUGUCAAACGGCUGCUUUGGAGAACCUAAAAGCUGAUGCUAAACUAAAGAGGCAGAACUUUGGCAGCCAGUUGUACAGCCCUCCUAAAAGCUCAGUGGCAUCACCAUCAUCUGCAUCAACAAGUCAGCAUGCAGAAUCAGACUCCACUACCAAGAAAGACAGCCAGUGCCCGUCUCGUCCUCCCUCUGCUCGCAGCAGACGGUCCUCCCUGUCAAACUCAGUCACAAUGGUAUCCAGCAGCAGUAAAGCAGCAAAGGUCCUAGAGCCUCCAGGUUUGCAGGAUUGGCACCGUAUCUGUAUGAAAGGCUGCUUCUUUGUCGAAGAUAACGGGAGCAUUAGCUCCCUCCAGUACAGACUUCAUCUUCCUCAGACAUCCAGCAUCUAUCUCACCAUCCAACCUUUGAACCUAAGCCACAGACCUGACAAGCCUCAAAGAUGGAUGAACGUGGACACGGCUCUUUUUGUCACGUCAGCUGGUGAAACCAAAGAGGACUCAUCUUUAGUGUGUUUCACCGAAUCUAAAGAUAAAGAAAAGUAUGUUUGGAAAGGAGAGCUAAAUGCAGGGACGUACCACCUGCUUCCCUUCACCAGUGGCUGCAGAUUGAGGAAACAAGGCAAAAACAGCUUUCCAGAUAAAUCUGUCAAACUUGUCUACAAGACUGAUACGGGGGAACUAGACCUCACCAGUGAGCUGAGGGAGGUGCUGUCUGAAAUCUUUGAGGUGAUUGACCUGGAUGGCAAUGGUUUGCUGAGCAUGGAGGAAUACAACUUCUUUGAGCUUAGGACCAGUGGGGAAAAGUGUGACAGUGAUGCCUGGGCUGUGUGUAAAGAAAACUUUGAUAUGAGAAAGAACCAGCUGACACGACAAGGUUUCAUGGAGCUGAACCUGAUGGAGGCCACAGAGAAAGAUGGAGACCCCGCAGACCUGUGGAUGACACUGGAAUCUAUGGGUUACAAUCGUUUGCUGGAGAUGGUAGAGGCAUGUCCUUUCCAGAUAGACGUGUACUGUGAAGGUACUCGGCCAUCCAUGCAGCCACUUAACAUGGACUCCGGCACAAAGCUGUUGAACCAAGCCCUCCAGAAGUCCAUUACCUCUAGGUUUGGGGCCAAAGCCCUGCGUGGACAUGAUAACGUCUUCAUCUACACCUACAAAGGAGACUGCCGCAUUUCCUCCCUCAUAGCCAACAAGGCCAACCAAAAGGUGACGGUGCAUGUAAACAACGAGCAGAGCCGAAACUGCUGCAGCAGCAGAGGGAUGACCACGUUUGCUGUAGAAGUUCCACCCAGAACCAAAAUGGUGUGUCAACAUGUGCUACCCAUGAACGAGAAUCAGGAUUGGAUCUAUAACUGUGUGGAGACCAGUUUAUCCAGCACAUCAAGCUAAAAGUUCUUAACAUUAUGUUGUCAUACUAUGGUUACUAAAAGAAAGAAAUACUUUGUAUUCACUCUAUGAAGUUUUCACUUUCAGUUAUUUGAUGCAGUUUAGAAAAUUGUUGUUUGUUAAGAUUCAGUGAAGUUAAAUUAAAUCCCUUAUCUUCUCAGCCAAUGUCAGACUUUUACAUCUUUUUUUAAGAAAAGCUUAUAAGUCACAUUCGUUAGUUAGUCACACUACCCUGUCACAACCACAGUACAGGUGCAGUUAAUAAAAGUAAGUUCUGUUUAUUCCAUUUGUUCAGCCAUGCUUAGUUUUUUUUUUUUUUUUUUUUCAUACAAAUAUGCUUUGUAUGGAGCUCAUGUCAAAUGAUCCCGAUGGAUAUUUAACUGACACAAGAUUAAUCUUAUAAGUUGACAAAAACAUUUGGUCUGGAAAUAGUGUAUUUAUUAUUUUUACAGUGAAAUAAACCAAUGUAGGGGGCAAAAAC